AUGUUCAGGAGCCUUUUUAUUUUGUGUAUUUCUCUACAUGGUGAUGAUUAUGCUUCCUUUUUUUAUAGGAUUUACAACUUCAGGUUUGAGUUGUGUUUAUUACUAGAUUUUUGGAUUUUGAAAAGGACAACAUUUCAAACUCCGAAAGUGAGUAGUUUUGAUGAAUAUUAUUUGAAAAUCCUCUUGAGCGACGGGACUCAGAAAACCUAUACGAAUAUUCCUGAAAUAUAAUUAGUAUUGGGGGCAACUUAACCUGGUGCAUUUUAUUUUAGUCAAAAAUCAUUAAGUCAGAAUGAACAAGAUGAAAUUCAAGCCAAAACUAGUAACUUCACUUCUAAUUUCUUCAUUGAUUUGCUCACGGAAUAAGUGAUAAAAUCAAUAAGGGAAAUUCAAAUCCUGAUAUUUUAUGAAUACGAUUUAGAUGAGACUAUCAGUAUGAAUAUGCAGGGAUAUGCCUUUGCAUCUUUGAAAUCUCCACAUGGGAUAUCUUCUGCAUCUACGAUUGGACAGUUGAGAUUGAGUUAGAGACAUCCAAUUUUUUCAGGGAAAACACCAAGAACGAAAUAUAACUAUUCAUCAUACUACAACGGAUUAGGCUAAGUACUCUUAGACCCAAUAGAAAUAAUUGAGAAUACGAUCUACAAUCGAAAUGAGUCAAUCUUUUAUGAUUAUGUGUCAUAUAUAGUUCCUCCAACCACAGCCUUGGAAGUUACAAACACACCUGCAAGAGAAACAGAAUCUGAUAAGGAUUAAUUUCCAAUAGCAUUUCAGACAACCACUAAUGACACCACAACAAAUAAUACAAACACAACUUAAACAGUGGACAUCCAAAAGGGUGUUUAUUUACCUGUUUAUUUGAGUCAUUCUUCAUAAUUAACAAUAAAUAUGACUUUGCAAAUUCCAAAUAAGGAGAUGGUAAUGUAUUAGACGGAGAUUAUUGAAGCCUUGAAAUUUUCAUGGAUGCAGUAUUUGUCGAUAUUCCUAAUAUUUUGGUUUUUUGGUUCAUUGAUUUUGGAAUUUGUUGUGUAAAACAAAGUGUUUGCUACUUAGGCAGUAGUAAACAUUCCUAUUGCUUUGAAAUCAUACUCAAAACUCAAAUUAGAUUGA